CAGCUUUUCCAAAGAUACCUGGAAAUAUCACAUUAUGGCGCACUGCGUUCGGCUCUGAUGCAGUAUGGUGGCACAAAAAUGAACCAGAUUGUAGCGCAAAUUUCAAUCAGCUUCAUUCGUUACAGUGAUAUCAUGCAAGCCGAUAAAGUUUUCUACGAGGCUGGGAUCGCUGCUAGACAACUUGGUGCCGAAAAAGAGCGCUUGGCAUUCGUGCUUUUGAACCAUUACCUCGAUUUAUGCGAUGCGAUUGAGGACCAAGAUCCAUCAGCUGUCGAUAGUUCCAUUUUUGAAGGGACCGAUAUCCCGCAGGAAGUGCCGCUUCCAGAAACAAAAUACACAACGGAUGAAGAGCAUGAAGACGUCAAAGAAUGGGUUCUUGCCAUAUCCGUGGAGCAAAGCAUGGAACGCAGUUUGCCCACUGACAGUGCCGGGAAUUUUGAAGCCAGUUUAACAGAUGCGGAUGGAACCACUCAUCCAGCCUGCAUCAUUUCAGGUUUGCUGUUUCACGUCGUUAAAAAACUAUGA